GCAUUGGCAACGUUUUAGCCAACGAUAGGCCUGGCUAACUUGCUGAAGCUAUACUUGUUUGGGGAAUAAAGAAAGCGAAAGGAAAAGGGAUCUGAAGACAGGUUCUUAAAUAUAUCUAUAUAUUUUUUAUAAAUGUCCCGAAUACUUAUAAACCAUUAAUCGAUAGAGGUACAACAGAAGCUAUCAAACGUUUCUCUCUCCAACUCCUAUCAGUCCACCAGAGAGGAGUGAAGAGGGAGUGCAGACUGCAAACAGAAUGACAAGCUCGGCUCCCAGAAUGGUUAACAGCUACAAGCGAACCUCUAGCCCCAGAUCCCCCACCAACACUGGGGAGCUCUUCACUCCAGCUCAUGAGGAGAAUGUGCGCUUCAUCCACGAAACCUGGCAGUGUGUUCUCAGGGACAUCAGAUCACCGCAGAACAGCGAGCGCAACGACCGUGGACCCCAGGAGUACGUGGAGAAGAACCCUAACCCUAACCUCCAUUCUUUUACACCAGUGGACCUGAGUGACAUGAAGAGACGCAACACACAGGAAGCCAAGAAGUCCUAGUCUCUCCCUGCCAGUCCGGCAGCUUCUCUCUCCACCUCGUAUCCUCUGGAACUUGAUCCUACGCCAACCUCCCGUCAGCCUUCCAGCCUCUCUGGCCAGCUCAGAAUAUAGACCCAUCCCUUCCUGUCUCUCUCUCACUUUUCAUCUCUCUUUCUCUAUAUCUCUCUCUUUUCUUCCCCCCCUGGAUCACAACACGCUGCCCACUUUACUGUGGCACAGUGACGCUGAUGUCCAGAAAUGAACAUCACAGUUGAUAUGGUCCCCAUGCUUUCUACCCCUCCACCCCCCAUCAUAUGGAUGGAAUGCAAGAGGAUUGGGAUCUUCCUCUUCUCCUGGCUCUUGAUUCCUAAGUCAUGAGUACUUCAUGUUCAUUCUGUUUUUUUUUAUCGUGAACAGGACAGAUUCAGAGUAUCAUGACAUGUGCUGACCACAACCCGAUGCCGAGGUACAAAACUGGACACAAACUCUUCACAGGGACACAAACAAAAGACUGCAGUCUUAAAUAGAAACUCUUGUUUUCUUAUCAAUCUACAAACGUAACUAUGGAGGAGAAUGCUGAAAGGCUGACAUUUUUAGUUCUAUAUUUUUUGGGAAGAAGAUAGUUUGAUAGCUGAAUUGUAGAUGUAUUGAAAUUUAAUCAAGACUGUACAGGCGAGUUUUGGAAGCCAAAUAUUAUUCAAUAGCGACGCCAACAUUUUUAUUGUUAAUUAUUCCCCCAUUCAAAUGGACUUCAAGUACACUUCCUGUCAGUAUACUGCCCUAAAUUGACUUCCUGGCCUCGAAACAAAACAUUGAAUAAAAACUUUUACAAUA